AGUUAUUAUAGGAGAAAGCUUAAAAAGAGAAGGGCAAGGCGGAGUGAAGAAGAAUAGAGGGAGAAGAUGCUGUCGGCAGCGUUCGAUUCAAGGUCGGUGCAGCUGAUCCUGGUGGGGCUUCUCCUCAUGAUCGCUUCCUUCUAUGCCGGCACUCUCUUCGGCCCUAAACCCUCCUCCGUCGUCGUCCAACCCAACCAUGUCACCUCCUCAUCAUUUGCAGGUGAACUGCAGUUCAAAAAUAGAGUUGCUCUUACAUAUAGAACAAAAUCAAUCAUCAUUCCGGAAAGUGGGGUGAAUGUAUGCCCUCUGGAAUACAAUGAAUAUAUUCCUUGUCAUGAUAGAACUUAUAUAAAGAGCAUACUUCAAAAUUUAGAUAUCUCUAGGAAAGAAGAGCUUGAAAGCCAUUGCCCACCGCCUGAGAAGCGAUUAUUUUGCUUGGUUCCCCCGCCUAAUGAUUAUAAGAUACCAAUAAAAUGGCCAACUAGUAGGGAUUAUGUUUGGCGCAGUAAUGUCAAUCAUUCGCAUCUUGCUGAAGUCAAAGGAGGGCAAAAUUGGGUGCAUGAGAAGGCUAAGCUCUGGUGGUUCCCUGGUGGGGGUACUCAUUUCAAGCAUGGCGCUUCUGAGUACAUUGAAAGGUUAGGAAAUAUGACAACUAAUGAGACAGGUGAUUUACGCACCGCAGGAGUGGUUCAAGUGUUGGAUGUUGGUUGUGGUGUUGCCAGCUUUUCAGCUUAUCUACUGCCAUUAGACAUUCAGACAAUGUCUUUUGCUCCCAAUGAUGGCCAUGAAAAUCAGAUUCAAUUUGCUUUAGAGCGAGGAAUUAGUGCCAUGAUUUCUGUAUUGGCCACAAAACAAUUACCGUUACCCCGAAACUCAUUUGAAAUGGUUCAUUGUUCACGGUGCCGUGUUGACUGGCAUGAAAAUGAGGGUAUACUGCUCAAAGAAGUGGAUCGCCUUUUGAGACCAAAUGGAUACUUUGUGUACUCAGCUCCUCCUGCCUAUCGAAAAGACAAAGAUUACCCACUUAUCUGGGAGAAACUGAUAAACUUGACAACAGCUAUGUGCUGGAAACUCAUUUCUCAACAGGUCCAGACUGCUAUAUGGCUGAAACCAGAUAAUGAAUCAUGCCAGCUACAGAAUUCUGAGAAAAAUCUAUUGACUAUAUGUGAGCCUGUAGAUGAUUCUAUGCCAUCAUGGAAAACUCCAUUAAGAAACUGUCUGUGGGCAAACACUGAGCAGUCAUAUAUUCAGAAACUCCCUCCUAGACCUGACCGCCUUUCAGUAUACUCCAAAAGUCUGGAGAAAAUAGGAGUUACUCCAGAAAGUUUUGAUCAAAACACUAGAUUUUGGCAAGAACAAGUCCAGCAGUAUUGGAGAUUAAUUGGUGUCAACAAGAUGGAGAUCCGAAAUGUUCUGGACAUGAAUGCUUGUUAUGGUGGAUUUUCUGUGGCAUUGAGUACCUUGCCCAUGUGGGUGAUGAACAUAGUUCCAGCAACAAUGAGAAACAGCUUGUCUGCUAUAUAUGAUCGUGGACUAAUUGGUGUAUUUCAUGACUGGUGUGAGCCUUUCUCAACAUACCCACGUACAUAUGAUCUGCUGCAUGCCUUUCAUCUUUUCUCCCAUUAUAAAGGUCAUGGGGAAGGUUGCUUGAUGGAAGAUAUCAUGCUAGAGAUGGACCGGAUACUUCGCCCUCAGGGUUUUGUCAUCAUAAGAGAUGAUGAAUCUAUUAUCUCAAGAAUCAGAGAUCUUGCACCAAAGUUCCUUUGGGAUGUCACAACUCAUAAGCUGGAAAAUGAGGACAAGAAAAUGGAGCCUGUGCUGAUUUGCAGGAAGAAGUUUUGGGCUAUCGUAUGAGCUUGCAGCUGCAUGCCAAAAUUGAUGGGGCACCAGGUUUUCGAGCUUCAAAUUUAUCCUGUCUAGAUUCAUUUGGAUUAUAAAUCCUUAUAAUUUGACAAAGGGGCAACAAAUAAGUUCCAACAUAUCUGUGCAGAUAAGUUUUGGCUAUAGUUUGAGGUACGCUAUCAUUCAAUAGCAUGCAGCUCCUCCCAACCUAACGCAGGGUGCACAUGUAAUGGCUUAGCAAGUUGUAGUUAAGUGUAGCUAGACCUUCUAUUCUUUUAUUGGUAUGUACUCUUUUUUUUAUUUUUAAACCUGUCUAUGACUCACGUAGAACGAAGUUCUCUCUAGCUAGGUUGAAGGAAACAAAUUUGCUGUCAUUCUGUGUGUAUAUUAUCUGAUGUUCUUAAAAAUGCUUAUUUUCUUAGCCAUGGAGGAGUUAAAUUCAGUCUAAAUGCAGCCGAGUGAUGGAUCAUCUUCAUAUUUCA